AGUGAUUGAAUAAAGACUUAGGUAUUAUCAUUCCCCCAAGAGAUUUUGAGUUCCGUUGAUCUUAAUUAUUAAUAGGAAUAGUUCUGAAAGUUAAACUUAGGCGGUGAUCAGAAGCAGACCCGGUCCCUCCCCGGGAAAAAAAAAAAAAAAAAAGGCAGCAGCAGACGAGGAAUCUACUCUUUUCAAUUUAAUAGGGUCUAUAGAUGAACAAUUCUGCGGCUUUGACGUCGUUGGAAACAAACGUGAGAGAGCUGAAGAUGCUAGUGCUGGCUUUGCAAAUUUAACAGAAAUUAGUCACCUGGAGUUAGAUAGGUAUUACUGCUGGAACCCUUUCUCUAUUUCAUUUUCAAAACAACACCAACCCAGAAAGAAAAGGAUGAACGACGACGAUACACAACCACCGCCACCAUUAACAGAGCUUAUACUAUCGCUUGAACAAGCAACCAUCAUGGCCAAACAACUUCACACCACCACUCACCCUUCCUCUCUUCUCCAUAUCCACUCCUUCCUUCACCAAGCCAAUCAACGUCUCUCUUCCUUUCUCUCCUCUAAUACCCGUGUACCUCCACCACCGACCGCUGAAAACUCCCUCUCCUCUGCCACCGGAGCCGCCGCCCUAGCCGAUGAAAACAGCGGAGAGCCUAUGCUACUGGCUGAUGAUGAUGAAGAAGAGAUCUCCAAGACUAGUGUUGAUAAAGUUGAGGAGAGAAUGAGAGAUUGCUUUAUCAAGAAUAAGAGAACCAAGCGGCCUCUUUCGCCAUCUUCAGUGGCGGUGGCGGAGGAGAAACGGUUAUAUGAAGAUGGGUUUGUUGGGGGAGUAAAUGGAUUUGAUCCUUAUGGGGCAAAGUUAAGGGCUUUGGAUCUUGUGUACCAGUUUCAUAGCUGAGGAUGAAACACACCAAAAUGGAUUU